AUGGCGGGAACAGGGAAGGCGUCGCCCAGAGCCGUCGACCCCGUUGGCGACGUCAACGAAGGGAAAAUUGUCCAUGGUGGCAUAUUCCUGAUUGCCGGCGAUGUCAGGCAUCCCGAGCUGGAUGCCCACACUGCAGUCUUCCAUCAUAGCCCAGUGGCAGAGCGAUUCCGUCGGCCUCUUGAAUCUAUCCCACGUCGAGGUCGCCGAGGCCAAUACGGCCCUUCAGGCCUUCAGGGUCCAUCAGCAGAAGAGAUCAGGGCAUGGGCUGCUCGGCGAGAGCAGUUCCUGAGCACUGCGUUCCGCUUUUGCGCGGUCUCCAAGCACUCAUCUCAGGACUCCGGGGGUGCAGCUUGCCCGGCAUGCGUGGAGUACACCGAGGCUUGCAAUGCACUGCUCAGGGUCACUCACGGUCUGAGAAACAUGUAUCUUGGCAUGAACUGGGUCGUUCGGCUGCCUAAGCUGCGCCCCCAAGAAACGGCUCGACGCGAUUCUCUGGUGGAGAUUAAAGGCUGCCUGCGAGGUGCCCAGCAGGACAUGCUCCAUCUGAUCAACAUCCGAAAAGACUAUGAUGAAGCGAAAGUGCGGCAGGAGGUCGUUCAGGCGUUGUUGGAUCAUAUUGGGGAGGAGCGUCAGAUACUGUACGAGGAAGCCGACAUUUGA